AUGCAGGACAAGCCAAAGGAGGCACUCCAGGACAUCAAGGAGGACUAUGAUCUUGACGAAAUACUCGACCAGCCCGCCGUCUCAAACUUUAUGGCAGACGACCACGAGAAUGUGUCCCCCCGCGAGCUCACAUUCCGCGACACUGAACUCGACGAGCCCUCGUAUCCAUUUACAACCGUCGCCGCCUUUAUAAUGGCCUGUUGCAUCGCCCACUUCUUCCUCGUCACUCAGGGUUUCUUGGGCAAACGAGGAAUGGAGAAAGCAGACGCCGUGGCUUCAAAGUUGCAAGACUUCUUUACAAAGUACUCCAUCAAGGUCCCAGAAGGAGUCGAACUCAUCUAUCCUUAUUUGGGAUCUAUUUGGACUAUUCUCGAGCUUCACAUUCCUUGUGCUCGCUUCGUCUGGAGGGGUCUUUUACCAGCCCUUUUUUUACUCGCACUCGGCGUUCUUUACGUCCUCCCGCGCCCUCCAUCCACCUCGAAAUUGGUCCGCCGAUUCAAGCGGAGCUGGACGCCCUUUCUCACUCUAGAAGAUGCACAAACACUCCUCAAGUCCCAAGACGACCCUGCGGCGUCAUCUCCGGUCAUCGGUAGCGACGUCCGAGAAGAGCGACGAUCCGUUUUACGCCUCACGAUCCCGAUAACGAUACUCUCACUCCUCGAACUCGUAUUUUGGACCAUCUUGUCCACGUAUUAUCUCUCAACGGGCGAAAAGACUGAGGCAUGGACGUGCAGUCUCCUCACGCUGGCAUGGUCCUACUCGUUUGUCCGACUUUUGAUAAAGCCCAGCGUCACACCUCCAUACGACGUCUUUAUCCUUCUCGUCAUACAACUAGCAACCGCAACCGUUGGUCUUGUAGGCCAUGCAUAUAAUCAUUAUGGUUAUGGGGCCCCAUGGCCAGAGGCCUGGGUCCUCAUUGGCGAGACACUGGACCUCGCCACCAUAUCCACCCUCGUCCUCGUCAUACUGAAAACCCCAGUCGAAGCAGUCCCCAAUUCUACCCCAGACACCCUCGCCUCUCCAGAGGACCGUGCGACACUGUGGGGAUGGAUGACAUUCGGGUUCGUUAACCCUUUGGUCGCAAAGGGCGCUGAGGGGCCGUUGACUGAGAGUGACGUGUUUGAGCUGUCGCCUCAUCACCGAGCUAGUCCGCUUUUGCACCGUUUCGAGACUGUCAAAGGAAAGACGUUGUUGCGCAAGAUAUGGGUAAUAAACUCUUUGGAUCUCCUAAUGGAUGGUCUUUUGACUCUUGUGUCUGUCGUGUUCAACUACGCCGGCCCGUUCUUCCUCAAGCGUAUCCUCGACGCAAUCUCUGAUCCGACACCUCAUGCCAUUGCGCGAGCCUAUGUAUAUGCCUUUUUGACGCUACUCUGCUCGCUCUUGAAGAACCAAGCCGAUAUGCAGCAUCUCUGGUUUGGAAGACAGGCCGUCACACGAACUCGCUCUAUUCUCAUGAGCGCCAUCUUUGAAAAGGCCAUGAAGCGCAAAGACUUUAGCGGCAUCACUGCGGGCAAAAAGGGCGGUUCGGGUGGCAAAGGUAAAAUUAGCAUCAAAAAGGCUGUUUUAGAAUCCAUGACAAAGCGCGACAAGUCCAAAGCCAAGGAUGGCAAAGCCGCGAGCGCGGGUGCGGAUAUUGGCAAGAUUGUCAACUUGAUGAGUGCAGACGCAAGCAAGUCGUCUCAGAUUCUGGGACAAGUCUAUAACCUUUAUGGUGCUCCAUUCGAGAUUAUCGUCGGCACAUUCUUCCUCUACCAGCUGCUAGGCAUAUCCGCGUUUUUUGGAUUCCUUGCACUGGUCAUGGUCGCGCCACUCAACCACUACUUGUCAAAGAGGCGCAUUUUCAUCUCCCGAGGGAUAGCUGCCGCUCGUGAUCGACGAAUGGCAAUUGUCAACGAGCUAUUCAUCAGCGUCAAGUUUAUCAAACUUUGCGCGUGGGAUGAACGAUGGAUCAAGCGCUCUGAGAAAGCACGAGAAAAGGAGAUCAAGUGGAUUCUGCGAGAGCGGUUUAACAUGAUCUAUCUUGCGUUUGUAUGGACUGUAGCACCUAUAAUGGUGUCUCUUUUCUCGUUUUUGGCAUUUGUCGCGCAAGGAAAUGAGUUGACCGUCUCCAUUGCAUUCACCUCAAUUGUUCUGUUUAAUCUCUUGAGACAACCGCUCAACGUUUUGCCAAACUUUUUGGCCCAAUUGUUGCAAGCACGCGUCUCGCUCGAACGUAUUGCUGCUUUCUUCGCCGAAGAGGAAGUAGACGACGCUUUCAGUACCCUGAAGAUGCAAGGGGGUCUCGUCGACAGUACACCGCGUGAUGCGACGGUUGGCAUCAUUGGCAAUGCCAAUUUCGUCUGGAAUUCGAUUGAAUCUCCCGAGUCCAAGAAGCCAAGCGCGUCAACGGAUACACAUACAUUUGAAAAUGGUACGAACAACCCAGGAAACACUUCGCCUACGGACAGCAAUCCAUCGUCUGACGAUACCAGAUUCGAGCUCCGAGAUAUCAAUAUUAUAUUCCCCGAAGGAGAGCUGACCCUUGUGACGGGCCCGACUGCCAGUGGCAAGACGGCGCUCCUGCUCGCACAACUCGGCGAAAUGACAAUGUCAGCGCCUUCCGAAAUUACCGUCUCACCACGCGUUUUACUACCCAAAUAUCAACACGCUCCUCCCGACGAAUACGGUUACCGACCUUGCGUGUCGUACGCUGCUCAAACGCCGUGGCUCGAACACCUCUCGAUACGGGAUAACAUUCUUUUCGGCGAACCGUUCGACAGCGAACGCUACUGGAAUGUCAUCGAGUGUUGUGCCCUGCGCACAGAUUUGGAGAUUCUAGAGGAUGGUGACUUGACGGAAAUAGGAGAGCGGGGUAUCUCGCUUUCGGGAGGUCAAAAGGCGCGAGUUGCAUUGGCACGAGCAGUCUAUGCGAGGAGUAAGAUUGUCCUUCUCGAUGACCCGUUGAGUGCAGUUGACAGCCACACGGCACGAUUCCUGUAUGAAAAUCUACUUCGUGGACCACUUCUCCAGAACCGUACAGUUAUUCUGGUCACCCAUCACGUUGAACUCGUUUUGCCGGCGGCAUACUACUAUGUCCAAAUGCUAGAUGGUCACAUCGAAAUUCAAGGCCCUGUCGCUGAGCUUCAAGCUAGCGGUGUUCUGGACGACCUAGAUGUACAGCUCGUGUCGCAUACCGACAAACAUCCAGGCGACACCGAUGAAGAAGAGGAAGAUUCGAAUCAAGAGUCUGACAAUCGAAAGAGGGUCGUGCUCCGAGACGAAGGAUGGAUACGUGCUCAGCAGGAUGCUGAAAAGACUCGAAAACCCCCACGAAAGUUGAUUGAAGAGGAGACUCGACGACUUGGAAACGUUCAGUGGUCGAUAUAUGAAACUUACCUUCGAGCCUCCGGCUACUGGACUUGGUUCUUUGUGCUUUUGCUCAUUGGAGUCGCCCAGCUGUUUGUUUGGGGAGAGGCAUAUGGAGACACCGAAGCGAUUACAUCCGUGGCUACUCAUCACAUCCUCACGUCUCUCGACCCCAGAGAUGCAGUUCCAGGAACAACACCACAUCAACUUCUCUUCACAUCACAAAUUCAUGCCCAGACUCUACCUUCCGCACGCCAUCAUCCUCUAUUCUAUGUCGCGAUCUAUGGCAUUAUAGGCGUUGGCGCAGUUAUCAUCACUUCUAUCAAUACCGUCGUGCAAUACAACGGUGGCGUCCGAGCCUCCAGGAAACUGUUUAGCCGUCUGCUCAACAGCUUAGUACAUGCGACGAUGCGGUUCCAUGAUACCGUCCCGACUGGGCGAAUUCUCAACCGGUUAUCCAGGGACAUGGAAGUCGUUGACUCGUCCGUCUCUGACUCUUUACGAGCUGUCAUGUUUAGGGUGGCGACUUUUAUCGCGUCGAUCAUUAUUGUCACCUACGUCUUCCCUGCCUUCCUCAUUCCGGCUGUCGUAAUCUCUUACCUCUACGUUCAAAUCUCCAAGGGGUAUAUCAAUGCCGGUCGCGACAUGAGGCGGAUGCAAAGUACGACCAAAAGCCCCAUUUUCGCAGCCUUUGGAGAGACUCUUGAAGGGAUUGUUACUGUGCGGGCAUUUGGUGCUGAGAGGCGGUUCCUGGCUAUCUUGCUUCGACGAAUUGACCUCACGACAAAGAUGUGGUAUGGAUGGUGGACUAUGAAUCGCUGGCUUUUGCUACGAUUUGACGCACUUGGAGCCUUUAGCAUCUUCAUAAUCACCUUAUUUGCUCUCUCUGGAUACAUUUCUAGUGGUUGGGCUGGUAUCACCAUCACGAGCGCGAUGCAAUUUACCCUUUCCGUCUACUGGACCUGCCGACUCGCCACUCAGCUAGAGCUCGACUUGAACUCCGUCGAGAGAGUGGUUGAAUACCUUGACCUUCCACAAGAGCCUCCAUCUGUGAUCAAGGGUAAAGAGCCGCCAGCGUAUUGGCCAUCGACAUCGGCUCCUGGGAAUACAUUCAUUCAGGUAGAAAACCUCGUCAUCAAAUAUUCUCCAGAACUUCCUUCUGUACUUCAUGGAGUCUCGUUCUCUCUCAGCGCUGGAGAGAAGGUGGGUCUUCUAGGUCGUACAGGAUCAGGCAAAUCAACACUGGCAAUGUCACUAUUGCGUUUUGUGGAGCCAUCUGGAGGGCGGAUACUUAUUGAUGGCAUCGACAUUACCUCGAUUGGACUCCGGGAUUUACGUUCACGAGUGACUAUAAUACCCCAAGACUCUGUGCUGUUCUCGGGUACUCUACGAGAGAAUCUCGACCCUUUCGAGGAGCAUACUGAUUCUGAGUGUCUUGACGCACUCUACCGCGUUCAUCUGCUUACUCCUGGAGCCCGCGUACGGCCUCCAACAAUCAGUAUAGAUACUGCGACACCUAUUCGAAACCACAACAAUAUACUCGGUCGACCUUUGUCGCCAGAGCCAGACCCCAUGCACCUCGACCUUGAUGCCGACGCAGCAAAGAGUGGACUCCUCCGCACCGACACCAUGGUUGUUCGAAACGAUGGAAGUUCAGAAGGAUCAACGACUCCGAGCAUGAUCGGUGCUAAUGAUGGCUAUACGCAUGGUCACAAGCGUACAGAGAGCGAUUUGACAAACUUCCGGUUUGCUGGAGGUCCAGAGUCAGGCGCCGUCUCUCCUACAGGAGCGCUCAGCCCUAUUUCUCGCCCGCAAGGAGUCCACUUUGCGGGCUUGAUGCGAUAUCCCAACUCUGGUAUUGACACACCACUGCGGAAAGAGGAUUCGUCCAGGUCGAUUGACCCGGCUGUGAGCGCGAUAUUCAAUGCCGCAGGUUCAUCGCGUCAACGAAUGAACACACGAUUGGCAGGCGAGUCAGGAAUGGCUAGCCGUGCUGGUACGACAAGUGACGCGCCUCUAUUGACGCUGGAUACUCAAGUCGCCCCUGGGGGAGCGAACUUUUCGAACGGGCAGAGGCAGUUGAUCUCGAUGGCGAGAGCACUAUUGAGAAGGAAUUCCGUCGUCAUUCUGGAUGAGGCAACUUCAAGGCAUGUCUUUCUUAUUCAAUGUUAUACGGACUGA